GCCUCUGAUAAGUUAUUACGUAUCGAAAGACAUGAAUUUGAAGUUGUACACCGUUGUACACAUUUGAUUCCCCCUAUUGCCCCUGAGCAGCCUCGUGACUGAUGUGGUCGCCAUCCGUACCAUGCCGCAUUCGACGCCGACAAUAGCUCACACCAAAGGCUGAACCUCAGCCUCCGAACCCACCAACACUCGUUCGACAACACCACAAUUCCACAGCGACAAUGCUGCGAUAGAAAUGCGCGGCCAAAGCUAGCGAACAAACCCGGUCGAAGAGCUAGCUAUUAUGAACCGCCACGGCGCCAACGGCGAGAAUAAUGGCCUCCUGGGCGGCAGCGACUGGGAGGAGCUGAACGAAUAUCCCAGCCGUGCGGGCUCGCACUCGCCAUCUCUGCAGGGCGACGAUGAUGCGAACGCGAAAGAGGACGAGACAAGGAGCGGGUCGCGCACGCGGCCUACCCCGAGGACGCCUAUGAAAGUGCACUUCAAUAUCCCCCGCGACGACGACUCGCUCGCCGAAGCGGGCUAUAUGAAUAGAGGAGACGCCCACGAGGGGAGAGGCGGGGCUAUAAGGAGUUCGGACCAUCUAGACGAGGAUGAUGACCAUCACGACGACGAAGAGGGCCACGAUGCGCCGCUGCUCCCCAGCGCAAGCACUCCAAUCGACUCCGCGCUCGAGAACCCAGAUGACCGCCCGACCUCGUCGCUGCAGGCUGCGAUCUCGAAUAUGUCGAACUCGAUUCUGGGCGCGGGGAUAAUCGGGCAGCCGUACGCGCUGAAGGAGGCGGGGCUGGCUGCUGGUGUGACGUUGCUGGUCGUCCUCACUGUGGUCGUAGAUUGGACCAUCCGGCUGAUUGUUAUAAACUCCAAGAUGUCGGGGCGGAAUACGUUCCAGGGGACGGUGGAGUUUUGCUUUGGCUGGUGGGGACUGCUGGCUAUUAGCUUUGCGCAGUGGGCGUUUGCUUUUGGGGGUAUGGUGGCGUUUGCGGUGAUUGUGGGGGAUAGCAUUCCCCCAGUGAUCGAGGCCAUUUGGCCAGGCAUGAAGGAUAUUAGAUACCUGGGAUGGUUGGCGGGGAGGUCUGGCGCGAUUGUGGUGUUUAUUGGGUGUAUCAGCUGGCCUUUGAGUUUGUAUAGGGAUAUUUCGAAGCUGGCAAAAGCGAGCACAUUGGCGUUAUUCAGUAUGCUGGUUAUCAUCGGGACGGUAGUGACGCAAGGAUUCUCAGUCCCCGCCGAGCUGCGAGGAACGUUCGAUUUACCACUCUGGACAAUCAACGUCGGAAUCUUCCAAGCCAUCGGCGUAAUCUCCUUUGGUGCACCCCUUCCCCCUCUCUUCCCCCUUCCACCAACCCAUCUAACACCCUCCAGCCUUCGUCUGCCACCACAACACCCUCCUCAUCUACUCCUCCCUCUCCACGCCCACCCUGACCCGCUUCUCCCUCCUCACCCACAUCAGCACCAUCAUCUCCCUCUUCGCCUGCCUCGCCAUGGCCCUCUCCGGCUUCCUCACCUUCGGCUCCCUCACCGACGGCAACGUGCUCAACAACUUCCCCAACUCACCCCUCGUCAACCUCGCCCGCUUCUGCUUCGGCCUGAACAUGCUCACCACUCUCCCCCUCGAAGCCUUCGUCUGCCGCGAGGUAAUGGUGAAUUUCUUCGCCCCCUCCGCCGCUGCCGAUGCCCCCGCCACGGACUCCCGUAACUCUUCGGCGCACCACACCAGCAC